AUGGCGUCCAAAGCUUUUUUGAUCACGAUUAUUAUUGCUGUAAUUGCUGCUCCAUGUUUGGCAACUGAUUAUGUAGUUGGAGACGACGCAGGCUGGAAACUCAAGUUUAAUUACACAGCAUGGGCCGAGGGAAAAGAGUUCUUCGUUGGUGAUAGACUCAUUUUCAAUUAUCCACAGGCGGCUCAUAACGUUUACAGAGUAAAUGGUACUGCCUUUCAACAAUGUAUGGUACCAUCUGCAUUUGAGGCUCUAAUUAGCGGAAAUGACAUAAUAACCCUUGCGACGCCUGGGAAAAAGUGGUACAUUUGUGGUGUUGGGAACCAUUGUGAUGCCGGUAUGAGGCUCGCCAUUACUGUUUCUUAUCCAGUGGACGCUCCAGCUCCCGCACCAGCUGCCGGAACUUCAGCAGCUAAUGAAAUAUCUCCUUUGAGAUCUUGUGCGUGCAUGCUUGCAGCAUUGGCCAGUCUUAAAAUGAUCAUGGCUUCGUGGAAUUCUAUGUUUGUCUCAUAUAGGGAGGUUAAGAAUAUAAUAAAAUAUGUUAGGGACACCUUAAUAUCCGCGAUUGUCAUAGAUUCCCUUCAGAGUAAAGAAAUGGAGAUUAAAGCAGAAAAAGAGGAUAAAAGGAGUGGUGAGGGUUGGGAAAAGUCCGAUGGUAAUCGGUGUUACAACUGUAUUAAGUCCGGACACUUUAUGAAAGACUGUUCCAAGAAGAAGGAUAAGUGGUGGGUAAGAUGGGAGGUGAGAGGAAUGUUGCUUUUGGGUCGAGUGAUUAUCCUAGUGAAGUUUAUUGAAAGUAAACCUACUUACUAUAUACAUUUGCAUGAACUUGAGAGCAAUUUGAUUAUUCAGUGUAAUGUGUUUUGCAUGCAUAGUUGGUCGGGAUGUAUUAACAGUAAGUGUGUUGUGUGUCUUUUGGUAAAGUUGAGUAUAGAUGUCUUAAGAUACUUUAGUGGCUUGUACGAGGAUUUAAAAAUGAGUUUGGUAACCAAUAUAGUUAGUAGGGCUAGGCAAAACCCAACCCAACCAACUCAACCGAAACCAACUCGAUCGGUUUGGCCUUGCUUUGUUACUCCAUCGAAUAUUACACAUGCAGAAUAUGCUGGGGACAAGAGUAUUGUUUUGACCAAGUCUCGUUUCAAAAUGGCCUCGAAAGCUUUCUUGAUCGCAAUCCUCAUUUCAAUGGUAGCUGUUCCAUCUAUGGCGACAUAUUAUGUGGUCGGAGAUGAUGCUGGCUGGCAAGUGGGUGUCAAUUACAAUGAAUGGGCUGCCGGAAAGAAGUUUUACGUCGGAGAUACAAUCGUGUUUAUGUACCAGCAGGGAUAUGAAAAUGUUUUGAAAGUGGAUGGCCCUACCUUCCAAAAAUGUGUGGCAUCAAACACGACCGGUCUUCUAACUAGCGGAAAUGACGUAAUUCUCUUCGGAACUCCGGGGAAGAAGUGGUACAUUAGUACUGUCGAUGACCACUGCUCCAAGGGGGUGAAACUUGUGGUCACUGUAUGGGAAGCCGAAGCACCAGCACCCACCCCUAUACCUCCCCAAACACGGGGAUCUUCCGGAGCCUCAGAAGAUUCUCACUUUAAAUCUUUAGGACGGAUGCUUAAGAUGAUCUUAGCUUAAUGAUGCAGUACACCUCUUAAUUUUUAUGCUGUGUCAUGAAUUUUCAAAUUCCCU